AUGUCUCGGUGCCUCUUCGACUUGCAAGAUGAAAACCGACACCUAAACGAUGAAAUAUUGCACCUCCAAACAAGGUCGAAGCGAUUCAACUUACUCUUCUCUGGGAUCGUACACCAUGGCCAAGAGGAAAACACAGAAGAUAUGUUAAAAGCUUUUAUUAAAAAAGAAUUGGAGAUCACAGAAGACGUUCCAAUUCAGGUCACACACAGGUUAGGACCAUUCCGUGAAUCCCAAAACAGACAUAGAACAAUUGUGGCGCAUUUCCAAAACCUAAAAGAUAAAGACAAAAUAAAGAACGCUGCCAAAAAACUUGCAAGAAAACCUUUCGGCAUAAAUGAUCAGUUUCCUCGGGAAAUUGCCGAACGAAGAAAACGACUAUAUCCGGUUUUCAGAGAAGUAAGAAUGAAUAAUAAGAAAGCAGUUCUCAAAGUGGACAGAUUAUAUAUCAAUGGCAGAGAAUACCUCCCCGAAAACCCUUGGGAGCGAAGACCGCAAGAAAAUAACGAGCCAAGAACAUAUUACAAAACCACGCCAGAAAGUGCCAAAGCCCCACCCAGAAAGAGAAACAAAGUCGUCACACCAAAAAAAUAUACCAACAUUCGAGGACAAUAA